AUAUGCCAGGGCGAUUACAAAUUACAGUUUAAAGUUUAUUGUGAGAAUAACUACUGUUAUUAUCAAGACAUGAACUUCAGGAUAGUUUGGACGGCUCCCAAUGUCCCAAAGGUUCAUAAUAAUAUAUAGUAGACUUUAGAUUGGUCCAGUCACCGCGAUUGAUUAUGAAACGUUACUCAGUAUGACAUAUAUAGUUGAUGUUACGAGUGUAGACCUGAAGUUCUGAACUCCAAGAUAGUUUGGCUGACCUGGAACAUUCCCAUAGCGUCUCUAAAUGACAUUUAAGAUUUCAAGAGCUUCACAGAUCUCAGCAGAUUAUGCUAUGCUAUUAUUUAUGGUGAAAACACAUAAAGUAUUUCUUGUAGAUUUGAAGGACUUCAUUAUAGAACAAUUUGGACGAACCUGAAUGUCCCAAAGGUUUACAAUAAACAAGUAGACUCGAGAUUGGUCCAGUAACCACGGAUAAAUAUGCAACGUUACUCAGUAUAGCAGAUACGGCUGUUGUUACGAAUCUAGACCUGAAGUCCUGAACUCCAAGGUAGGUUGGCCGACCUGGAAUAUCCCUUUAGUGUCUCGAAAUGACAUUUGAGAUUUCAAGAGCUUCGUGAAUCCCAGCAGAUUAUGCAAUACUAUUACUUAUGGCAAAAACACAUAAAGUUAUUCUUGUUGAUUUGAAGGACUUCAUUAUAGAACAGUUUGGACAAUCCUGAAUGUCUCUAAGGUUUGUAAUAAGCUAGCAGACCUCAGAUAACUCCAGUAACUGCGGUUGAUUAUGCAAAGUUACUCAGUAUAACAGAUAUGGCUCUUGUUACGAGUGUAGAUCUGAAGUUCUGAACUCCAAGGUAGUUUGGCUGACCUGGAAUAUCCCUAUAGUGUCUAUAGGGAUGUCAAGAGCUUCACGGUUCCAAGUAGGGUAUGCAAUGCCAUUAUUUGUUGCGAAAAUACAUAAUAUUAUUGUAGAUUUGAAGGACUUCACUAUAGGACAGUUUGGAAUACCUCGAACAUCCCAGAAUAUAAAACAACUUUUGAUAUUCUUGGCAAAGGUUAAAUGAAUACAUAUAAAAGUAAUCCACAUCCAAGUUCAGCUUUUAGAUCAACUGGUAUGUCAAUUAUUUCGUUUCUCCAAAUUUUAUGGUGUUCAGGAUGUUCUAGGUUGUCAAUGAAACCCCAAAUAGAAAUAUGUCCAUUUUUCGCUGAUAGAGGGCUCUUGCAGCAACUUUACCGAAGACAGUAUUCUGUUUCAUCGAAUGGGUGAAUUUAUACAGCCUUUUCUAUGUUGGGGUCAUAUAUGACCCCUCCGGCUCCAAAGGUUUAAAGUGAUAAAAUUGAAACGCAAUGCUACAGUUGUUUGUCGCAUAGCUUUUCCGAUCUCCAGUUAUGCGUGUUUGUUUGAGUUUUUGAUGUACGUUAAGAUAGGCAGAACGAGGGGACUAUGCCAUCGAAGCAUCCCGAUACCCUAUCCAUCGUAUUCCGAGUAGGUGAAAAAAUCUGAUGAAUAGCAUAUUUAGUUAUUAUUAAUUGAAUUACUGAAGAGCAAAAACUGAUAUUGGUUUGAUUAAUAUAAGAGAAUCAGAAAUAAUAGCAAAAUCUAAUAUGGUGAACUACUCAAUAAUAGCUCGUUGACAUAUUACAAGAUCAAAACAAUAGCAGACAAGAUUUGUAAUUUUUCCAAGAAAAAAAAUUAAAAAAAUGUCAGCAUCCUGCAUCGAACCUACGACCUUAAGAUUCACAUGCGGCGAUGCUUAGCACUCAAUUGUGGCUCUCUGUUGUGAAUAAUAUGGGAAUGUGAAUAAUAUGCGGUUCUUCGUUUCCACAGCUCAGAAAGGGGCACAUGGCAUUUCACUAACAUUGAGCCAUCUCUAUGGGUGUAUGUGUUUCAUUUCGUGCAGAAGAACUUAACUUGUUCUUAUUUUGAAAUUUUCAGAUAUUUCAACAAGAACAAAAACUGCUAUCAUAUCACUUUGAGCUAUUCGUGCGAUGUUCAUUAGAUUUUUGAAUAACACAUCAAAAUCACAUCGAGCUAUGACAGCAAAAAAUGUUCGAUUUCAGAUAUGAUUUAGAUAUUCUCGUCUACCCGGGAUAAAAAAAAACAAAAUUUAAAACCUUGAUUUUUAGAAGAACAACAACUUCAUUGAAUGAUAUAUAUUUUUUAUUGUUUUCAUUAACUUUUACUUAAUCUGAAUUGUUUAUUGUUUCCCACUAUUCAUCGUAAAUUCGCAUGAGUAAUCCUCCUUUCUGGUUUGGCAUUAUAUUGACACGGUUCUCACUCUCUGGUGCUGGAUAGAUAGCACACCGACACAUUUCACACGAUCCAACAUAUCCAGCCAGGUCACCAUAUCCACUUUCUCCCUAUCCUCUCCGCGUGUUCCAACACCAGCACAAACACACUCUCAAAAUUUGUCGACUCGCUCGUCCGUCGUUAUCAUGGUGGGUUCUAGAGCGCAUCCCCAACAUAGCUGGUUGGUUUGGUUGUUAGGUCUUCACUGGUAAUCUCCGAAACCGAGAGGACAUUCGUAUCGCUGCGGUCGUCGUGCGCGUAUCUCUCUGUUCCUCCCUCACUUCGGCGGCCAAAAACUGAACGGAAGCAGUUUUCACAACAUACAGUCCCAGUGGGUGGGAAGGACACCUUCCCAGCACCCACCCACCGCCCAUCGUCGCCCAGUUAGGGCAGAAGUAGCAAGCAGCAGUGUUUUUUGUUUGCUCGCGUUUUAGCUUUCUCCUCGACGUCGUGUCCUGUGUGCAUUUUUAGUUAUGGGAGUGAAGUUAAACUUUCUAGAAUUGUGCUUGGGGAAAAAAGCAACAUUCUCUCAUUAAAAGUUAAUUUCUGGUGGUUCAACGAACGAACGAACAAAACGGCAAACUUUGCUGUUGUGCGGUGUUUUUCAGCAACGGAAGCAGCAAUCGGAAGAUUUUCCUCUGUUCAAAGGAUCUAACAGCAGAAGCACGGGAAGGAAGAAUUGAUUCGGCGGAUGUCAGAAUGAGUGACAAAACUGUAGAAAAAGGUGACAGCAGCCCGGCUGGCGGUGGCGACCCGGGCGAAGCGGACAAAGAGAUGCUGCUGUCCACCAUGGAGGCGUCCCACUACUCGGCCCAGGAGGUGGCCGCCCGGCUCCGGGUAGACGUCCGGACCGGGCUCCGAUGGGCCGAGGCCAACAGCCGGUCGAAGAUCGUCGGUUACAAUGAACUGAACGCCCUGGACGACGAACCGACGUGGAUGAAGUACGCCCAGCAGUUUAAGAAUCCUCUCAUUUUGUUACUAUUAGGUUCUGCGGUGGUGAGUGCGUGUAUGAGACAGUUUGACGAUGCCAUCAGCAUCACGAUAGCGAUUAUUAUCGUCGUGACGGUUGCAUUCAUUCAGGAGUAUAGAUCUGAAAAGAGCUUGGAAGAGCUGAAGAAGUUGGUACCGCCCGAAUGCCACUGUUUGCGGGAAGGUCGGCUAGAAACAUUCCUCGCGAGAAAUCUUGUUCCUGGCGAUAUAGUGUACUUGAACGUCGGCGACCGCGUGCCGGCCGACAUUCGGAUAUUUGAAGCGUACGAUCUGUCGAUCGACGAAUCCAGCUUUACCGGGGAAACGGAACCGGCACGCAAGAGCAUCGAGGUGGUGCUCAACGUAAACAAUAGCAAGAAUCACACCGGUAUGAAGAACAUCGCCUUCAUGGGUACGCUAGUUAGGUGUGGUAAUGGAAAGGGAAUUGUAGUUAGCACAGCAGAAAAGAGCGAAUUCGGAGAGGUCUUCAAGAUGAUGCAGGCUGAGGAAGCCCCCAAAACUCCACUACAAAAGUCGAUGGACAUCCUCGGAGCGCAGCUGAGUUUCUACUCGUUUUGCAUCAUCGGUGCAAUCAUGUUACUCGGCUGGAUCCAGUCGAAACCACUGGUGGAAAUGUUCACCAUUGGUGUGAGCUUGGCCGUUGCAGCCAUUCCGGAAGGUUUGCCCAUCGUAGUUACGGUGACAUUGGCUCUAGGCGUCAUGCGAAUGGCCAAACGCAACUGCAUCGUCAAGAAGCUGCCCACGGUCGAAACGUUGGGCUGUGUGACGGUUAUCUGCUCGGACAAAACGGGUACCAUCACCAAGAACGAAAUGACGGUCACCGUGAUCAUCACUUCGGAUGGCUACAUGGCCGAUGUAACUGGGGCCGGGUACAAUGAUAAUGGCGAAAUACACGUCCGCGACUGCAACAGCAUGGACAAUGCCAAACGGAGCAUCAACCAGCUGCUGGAGGCUGGAGUCGUCUGCAAUAACGCCAUUAUUCAGAACGAUACCCUUCUGGGGCAACCGACUGAGGGUGCUCUACUGGCAGCGGCCAUGAAAAAUGGACAAUAUUCCGCCGCGGACAACUACUUGCGUAUACAGGAGUAUCCGUUUAGUUCGGAACAGAAAAUGAUGGCUGUGAAAGCGGUACCAAAAUAUGCCAACAACAAGGAGGAAAUCUUCUUCGUCAAGGGUGCCAUCGAAAUGGUGCUGCCACAGUGUACCAAGUUCUGGUACGGUGGUCAGCCGAUAACGCUGAGUAAACAGAACGAGGCUGAGUUUCUGCAGGAAGCGUACGAAAUCGGCCGGAAAGGUCUCCGGGUGCUGGCCAUCGCGAGGGGAUCCUCGUUUCAGGAUUUGGUGUACUUGGGACUGGUCGGCAUAACCGAUCCUCCGAGGCCGUUGGUGCGCGAAUCGAUAGAAAUGCUGCGUGCCAGUGGAGUGCUGGUCAAAAUGGUGACCGGCGAUGCACAGGAGACGGCAAUGGCAAUCGCAUCCAAGAUAGGAUUGGACAUCGUCCACAUGCAAGCCCUAUCCGGUCAGGAGAUCGACCAAAUGAACGAAAUCCAGCUGGAGAAGAUGAUCAACACGGUGAGCGUAUUCUACCGGGUCACUCCCAAGCACAAGCUGGCCAUCGUGAAGGCCCUGCAGCAUAACGGCCACAUCGUCGGCAUGACCGGUGACGGCGUAAACGAUGGAGUGGCCCUGAAAAGGGCUGACAUUGGCAUCGCCAUGGGCAAAAACGGCACGGACGUGUGCAAGGAGGCUGCCGAUAUGAUCCUGGUGGAUGAUGAUUUCCACACCAUUAUCGCUGCUAUUGAGGAGGGAAAGGGAAUCUUUUGGAAUAUUAGGAACUUCGUACGAUUUCAGUUGAGUACGUCCAUUGCGGCUCUCUCACUGAUCGCCCUAUCCACUUUGAUGGGAAUAUCAAAUCCGCUGAAUGCCAUGCAAAUCUUGUGGAUCAACAUCAUUAUGGACGGACCGCCAGCUCAGUCGCUCGGGGUCGAACCGGUAGAUCAGGACGUGCUCAAGCAGAAACCUCGCAACGUGAAACAGGCCAUGAUUUCGAAAUCUCUCAUCAUCAAUGUGCUGCUUUCGGCGGGUAUCAUCAUUUUGGGAACACUUUGGGUAUUCCAGCGAGAGAUGGCCGAUGGGACGGGUGUCACCAGCCGAGAUACCACGAUGACGUUCACCUGUUUUGUGCUGUUUGAUAUGUGGAAUGCUCUCAGCUGCCGAUCACAAACCAAGAGCGUGUUUCAGAUCGGUUUGCUCACGAACCGGAUGUUCCUGCUGGCGGUGGCCUUCUCGCUGCUCGGCCAGCUGCUGGUCAUCUAUUUCCCACCGCUGCAGAUGGUGUUCCAAACGGAGGCGCUGUCCGCCAUGGAUCUCGUGUUCCUCGUGUCACUCACCUCGACCGUGUUCAUCGUGUCCGAGCUGAAAAAGUGGUUCGAGCGCACCAUGGAACGACGGAUGUACAGGAAGCGCAGCGAACUGGACUUCGUAUGACAAACAGCUCACGCUGGAAGAUUGCAUAAAGACUAAGCUAAGCUGAUAAAAAAAUAAGAAGAAAGCGAAAAAAAAUACCGACAUCCGGAACACAUUUCAAUACACAGUUCAACACUGUUUAAGAAGAGACUUAUUUAAGCUUAACGUUCAAACCGGGAAGGAAAGGAAAAAUACGGAAAAGUUAGAUGUGAACAGGCGACUCGGACUAAAAAUCGACACUAAUUCCUACUAUUUUAAUUUUCGGACCAAAAAAAAACCUUUUUAACUACAAAUUGGAAACAUCCUCGCCAGCAAAAGCGCAAACACUAAAAGAAACAUUCGAGACUAGUGGCAAGCUAAAAGUAUACUGAAAUGAAAUGAUAUUUAUUUCUAUUCCGUAAGAAAUUGAUUCGAUCGUAUAUGAUCAUGGUCCUGAUGGUAGCAAAUCGUGGUACACAGAACAUAUAUUUCAUCCUUUUUUACACACAUACACUAUUUACAAAGGACAAAUAGGUUUACUUAGAGUUAUUUAUAAAGUAUUUGUGUAGAUAAUUGUUUACUAGUGCGCAAGCGAGAAUGUCAUUGGGUUAUCUCAUCGAAAGCUUAGUUUAAUUUAUUAUACAAAUCGGGUGAGCGAGCUGCUAGCGCUCCCUUGUCCAUUGAUAGCUGAAUGUAUCGCGAAAGGAACGUGCAUUUAAAAGUAUACAGCCAAGUAA